AGUCUGGUGUCUUGCUCCCAGAGUCUGUCUUCUCUGCAGAAGUGUCCUGAAAAGCGACUUUGCGACACGUCGGUCCGCGUGGUGGACUUCGGCAGCGCCACCUUCGAGCACGAGCAUCACUCCACCGUCGUCUCCACGCGUCACUACCGGGCCCCAGAGGUGAUUCUGGAGCUGGGCUGGAGUCACCCCUGCGACGUGUGGAGCAUCGGCUGCAUUCUCUUCGAGUACUACCAAGGAUCCACGCUCUACCCGACUCACGACAAUGAGGAACAUCUCGCCAUGAUGGAGCACAUUCAUGGACCCAUCCCUCAAAGGAUGAUACGGACAAGCAGGAAGCAGGUCUACUUCCAACAUGGCCGGAAGGAUAUCUCCAAGUCUGGGCGGCACGUGAGAGCCAAGUGCAGACCUCUACGGGAGUGCAUCCGCUCCCAGGCCGGGGAACACCAGCAGUUCUUGGACCUGCUGGAGAAGAUGCUGGAGUACGAGCCUUCCCAGCGCAUCUCGCUCUCCCGCGCCCUCCGCCAUCCUUUCUUGGCGCCGGCCCAGCGGCCGCCGAGGUCCGUGGUCGGGAGCGAGAGUCCGGACCUCAGACGUCCAGCAGGAGGCGGAGCCACGCAUCCAGAGCGCCUGGCGAAGAGUGACUGACAGGUGGAGGCGGAGUCUGGGACUUGUGUGGCGGCGAGCACCUGUGCAGGUAAGACGUGAAGAUCGACGCCUGGAUCCGUC